CGUUCUCCGGCUGCGCAGAUUGCCACGUUGCUGCAGAAAGACACCGGACUACGACACCAGAGGAUAUUGUCUGGUCACUCCAGGCUGUUUAUCACACCGGUGUUUUACGAUUCUGCCGGGUGGAGCGUGCACUCUAUUGGAAUACAAUUGUCAGUGGAAAUGCUGACCGAUAUGAUAGUGGAGGAAGAGUUUGAGCUCAAGGAUGAGGAGCCAUGGUAUGGCAAACAGGACCUUGAGCACGAUCUCCAUUUGGCGGCUCAGCUGGGUAAGACCCUGCUGGACCGGAACCAUGAGUUGGAGCAGGGGCUACAGCAGAUGUACUCCACCAACCAGGAGCAGCUGCAGGAGAUUGAGUACCUGACUAAGCAGGUGGAUUUGCUGAGGCAAAUGAAUGACCAGCAUGCUAAGGUAUACGAGCAGCUAGAUGUGGCGGCCAGAGACCUGGAGCAGGGCAACCACAGGCUGAUUCUGGACAACCGCGUCGCCCAGCAGAGGAUCAACUGCCUGACAGAAACGAUCAACAGUCUUGAGACCCACAUGGAGGACUUGCAGACCCAGGUGGAGGAGCUGAGGACAGCCCAGUCUGACCGGAGCAGGAGAGAACUGGCCGAACAGAGACACAACCUCGGAGCACAGAGUGUGUCCUGCCUCAAGGAGCUGUAUGACCUGCAGAAAGACAAGUACAUGGCCUAUGAGAGCCUGCGUGUGGAGCAUUCCUGGCCAGCAAGGAAGGAGUCCUGUCAGGACCCAGACCCCGAUGAGGAGAACUCUGUGCUCCAGCGCUCCAUCCAGACCCUGCAGGCUGUUCUGGCCUCUGAGCGGGGGAAGCGGGAGGCAGCGGAACAGGAGACUGAGCUGACUGCCAGGGAGAACGGGGCUCUGGAGCAGCGGCUGGCCCUGCUGGAGGGCUGCCGGGCUAGGCAGAGGGAGCUGGAGGCAGAGGUGGAGGAGCUACGGCAGCUGUGGCAGGCCGACUACGCCAACAGCGUCAGGAGACCUGACCGGCUACUGCUGCCUGACACUGUCUUCUUCGCCCCAGAGGAGAAGCCCAGUCUGGUACAAAAGGAGGAGGAAGUGGGCGAGCAGGGGAGGCGCAGCCUGCAGAGGUGCAACAGCGAAAGUGUUCUGAAGGGGACACUAGCAGACGACAUCCGGCGGGGGCAUGAACGUACAUGUAUCAGAAGAGCAGAGGCGGUGAAGCAGAGAGGAAUCUCCCUGCUCAAUGAGGUGGACGCCCAGUAUAGUGCACUGCAGGUCAAAUACGAGGAGCUUCUGCGGCGCUGCCAGCUGGGGGCAGACGGGCUCAGUCACAAGGCCGUGCAGACACCCCACAGUUCCCACGGCACUGUCAGUUACCCCCAACGGCGCCUCUCAAGCUCGGCCACCUCCAUCGGGCUCCCAGCUGUCCCAGAAGACAACGGGCCUCAGCCGGAGUACAAGGCCCUUUUCCAGGAGAUCUUCACCUGCAUCCAGAAGACCAAAGAGGACCUAAGUGAGAACAAGUGGCCGAGUCCGGGUCAUUGACUCUGGGGACAGUGAUGGCAGUAUGUGUUCUUUCUGCACCUUUGAAUGGACUGCUCAAUAGGAUAUUGCUAUAGGAGAGGGCCUCAAAUAGCAGAUUCCAAAGGGUGUUUUGUGUGUGUGUGUGUGUGCGCGCACGUGCACUAACACCUGUACCUCUUAUACAACAUGUGCCCUGUUGUCUCCUUCAAUCCUGUCAACGCUAUCACCUCGACACGCUCCGAUGGUUUCAUAAGCACUUUUCUUAUCUACCGUCCAUCCCUUUGACUACUUUCCAUCCUUAUCUACAAGUUUGUUUUUGACGCAAACAUUUCCAGGUCAAAGGUUGAUAAAUGGAUUGUUUGAGUCCUGAUGCUAUCACCUCUUAGCAUCCGACUGCUCUUAUGCCUCAUUUAGCUCGAUUAGAUGGCACCACCUCUUCACUUGAAGUCAAUGGGUGCAGUAAUAUUAGCAACCAGGGUUUUUCUAUUCUUUUGUUUUCUACUAAAUUCAAGUAACCAUAGCAAUUAGAAUGGUAUGUGUAUGUACCAUAGAUUUGGUCUUGCAGCUUAAUGAGUAGGCCUACGCUGGGUUUGAAAGUGUUUGUUUGUACGCUGUUACCACGUACAGAACCACCACUGUACAGAUCUUGGACUUGCUUAGACUAUCUAGCAGUCUGUGUUCAAUCCACUUAGUGUUAAGUCUGUCGUGGGAGCCAUACCUUUUGUGCACACUGUACAUAUUGCCAAAUUAUAGAUUUAACUACAUUUGUGUACCUUUUUAUUAUGCCAA